GAGGCUGGAUGUCAGGUAUAAUUAGCAAUCGAUAUGGAAAACGUUUGCUCCCCACACUGGCACGUCUCUGACGUCAGGAGCGAUUAACGUUUCUUAUUGGUCCCAAAUUCCCCCAGCCUGAGCUAAUUAUUGGGAGCCUGAUGUUGAUAAAGUUAAAGCGCCCGGGCGCCCUGCAGCAUGAGCCCCUCGCCGCGCCGCCUCCUCCGGCAGCAGCACCCCCGGCCCCAGCCGCCCCGCCGCCAGCACCCCCAGCCCCGACGGCACCCCCCGCCGCCGCCCUAAAGCCGCCCCCAUGAUGGACAGCCGCAUCCUGGAGCAUCCCCAUGCCCAGUUCGGGGGCAUGGUGGGCUUCCCUUACCCGCUCGGCCACCACCACGUCUACGAGCUGGCCGGCCACCAGCUGCAGUCAGCGGCUGCCUCCGUGCCCUUCUCCAUCGAUGGAUUACUGAGCGGCUCCUGCGCCGCCUCCGUGGUCAACCCGGCGCCUCUCAUCCCCUCGGGCUGUGGGGUGAGCGGGGACAGCCAGCCCUUCAAGCUCGCAGACUCGGGUGACCCGGACAAAGAAAGUCCUGGCUGUAAAAGAAGACGAACCCGCACCAAUUUUACUGGCUGGCAGCUCGAGGAGCUGGAAAAGGCGUUUAAUGAGAGCCAUUAUCCGGACGUGUUUAUGCGAGAGGCUCUGGCUCUCAGGCUGGAUUUGGUGGAGUCCAGAGUGCAGGUCUGGUUCCAAAACCGCCGGGCCAAAUGGAGAAAGAAAGAAAACACCAAGAAAGGCCCGGGGCGGCCGGCUCACAACUCGCACCCCACGACGUGCAGCGGGGAGCCUAUGGACCCCGAGGAGAUCGCCCGCAAGGAGCUGGAGAAGAUGGAGAAAAAGAAACGCAAGCACGAGAAAAAACUUCUUAAAAGCCAAAGCCGCCACCUCCACUCGCCCAGCGGCCUCUCCCUGCACAGCACGCCCAGCUCGGACAGCGACAGCGGCGGUGGGGGGGGCCUCUCGCCCGCCCCCCCGGAGGCGAAGCCCCGCGGGCAGCCCCCGCCGCCUCACCCUCCGCCCCCCGCCGCCCCCUCUGAGCCUCUCCCCGGCGGCUGCGAGCAGACGGCGGAGCCUUUCCACCCCAGCCAAAGAAGCGGGGCCGGGAGGCUCCAGCGAGCCCCCCCCGACAAGGACUGCGUGGCCGCCCCGUCGGGGGACGGCAGCGGAGGCGCGGGGGGGCCCCGCGGCGCCGGCGGCUUCCACAAGCUCAACCCGUUCAGCGUGGAGAGCCUGCUCUCCGACUCACCCCCCCGCCGCAAAGCCUCCCUGGACUUCCCCAGCCUCCAGCCCUGCGCCCCCCGCACCCUGAUCGGCAAAGGACACUUCUUGCUCUACCCCAUCACCCAGCCGCUGGGUUUCAUCGUGCCGCAGACCGCCCUCAAGGCCAGCCCGGGCCCCGAAGCGGGGCAGCCCCCCCGGGACUCCCCCCUGCCCGCCGCCAACCCGGGUCCCCCCGGCUUCAGCGCGGAGCCGGUUCCCGUCGGAGCCCAGCCCGGCCCCGGCUCCACGGACUCGACGGCGGGGCCGGCGGCGCCGCCUCCCCCGGCCCCCGGAGCCUCGCCUCGCUCCGCAGCUUCUCACGGCGACCCUGCGGCGGCCGCCCCCGCAGAGGGGGGGUCUUUCCCCCGGCCUAAAUCCCCCGUCCGGGCUCGGGAUGCCAGCACGCCCAGGGACAAAUCGGACUGCGGCCCCGCGGAGGCCGGCGGCCUCGACGGCGAGGAGGUGGACAUGGACUGAGCGGGAGAAAUUCCGGACAAACCCCGAAAAAAAAAAAGCACCGCUUCCCCCCUACACCGCCACCGCCGCCCCGAGGUCCGUGAGAAACGGGGAGGGGGGGGUGAAAAAAAUGGGGAAGGCGGGGGGCAAGGUUUCCCCCCUUCCCGUCCCCGAGACUUGCCGUUCCCAAAGCCGAGCGUGCCCGCGGGAGGUGGUGGCACAGCCGAGAGAGCAGCUCUUCCUCUCCUUAGAGUUUAUCACAAGUCGAUUCAGGUGAUCAGUUAGAGCUUUUUGUUUUUUAUAUUUAAAAGAGAGAAAAAAAAAAAAAAGGAAAAGAAAAAAAGGCAAAUUGUUUGUUAAGGCUUAGCAGCAGCUGGACUUUGUGGUGUGACAAAGUGUACCGCGACAACAACGGAACUCCUCAAAACCCUUGUAAAAUGCAAAAAUGUCUAAGAAUAUUUAUAUAUGUAAAAUUUUUGAUAAAUAAAGGCUCUAAAACUC